GGAAUAUUUGCUGAGAAUUAAGUUUAUGUUCCAGAUUAUUGUAAUCCUUUCUGAUGAUUGACAAUGGAGGAGGGACCAGUGAGAUUUGCUUCUGGUGGAGAUGAUGUAAAGAUUUGGGAUCUCUCAAGCUCUGCUCCUCAACAACAGUUCUCACCACAUGCAGGUCCAAUCUCAAGCCUUUGCUGGAGUCAUAACAAUCAGCUUUUAGCCAGUGCAUCGUCAGUUGGGGAUAAGAUUGUGCUCUCCUAUGGGAAGAGUCUCUCAGCAAAUGUUAUUGAGCUUGCUGUUGGGGAUAAGCAGACAUGUCUUUCUAUAAAUUCCACGUCACGGUACAUGGUCUGUGGAGGCAAGAACAAGCUAAUCAGCAUAUGGGAUGUCAAAAACAAAAAGUUAAAGAGGACAUAUAAGGAGCAUCGAGAAAGUGUGAGCUGUGUUAUUUUCAACUGGAAUGACUCUUACAUAGCAUCAGGAUCAGCAAGUGGAGAGAUUUUACUUCACAAUGUAGUAUCUGGUCAACCUGGAUCUCCUAUGCUUGUCUCAAAUGGACAGACUAUCCGAGAUGUUGGUUACUCCUACUUCAAGAAGUCUCUCCUUGCUGCUGCUUCUGAUGAUGGUAGCCUAACCUUGUGGGAUACUAACACCAGUAAGCUAGUAACGUCUUUCAGUGAUGCCCACAAUGCACCCACCACAGCUCUCUCAUUCUCUCCACUCAAUAAUCUCCUUCUUGCCAGUUCAGGCUUGGACAAGAGAGUGGUCUGUUAUGAUGUUAAUGGCAGAAGUGUGAUAAAGACAAUGGCUGUUGAAUCUCCUCUGACAUCACUCUCCUUCAUGCAAGAUGGAGCAACAUUAGCAGCUGGUUCUACUCGAGGCAAGAUCUAUGUCUUUGAUCUACGCAAGGGAUCUUCCCCUCUCAAUACUCUCAAUGCUCACAAAUCAUCAGUGCAAGCAAUAAGAUUUCAGAAACCUAAUGGAGCUCCCAAGAUAAAUGGGCCAGUUAGCAAAUCAAGAACAGCGAGUUCUCACAAGAAAACAUCAUCAUCCAGCUCAUCAAUCCAAAUGAAUGAAGCCAAUGAACCAACUUCAUUGAUACCUGAUAAUGUAAAAGCCUCUAAGGAAAGUUUAAAUGAAAGGACUAAUGGAGACCCUUCUCCUCGAUAUGAACUGAUGGACAAUAUGGAUAUCAUCUCACCAAUUAGAGAAGGAGGUGAUUCUACAACAGUAAGAACAUCGGUAAGAAAUGGAUCAAUCACUGAUGAUAGACCUGAAACUAUGGGCAAGGCUGAAACACAAAGAAAUAAUAGUUUACCUGGAGCAGGUAUAUUCUCACCGCUAUCAUCAGAACUUGAUAAUCCAAAUAUUGACAGUUCACUAAGGAGAAAUCCUAUUGGUUCAGUAGCCAUAGAAUCCAGCCCAUUUGGACAAAUAAGGAGAGCUUUUCCAAAUAACUUGGAUGGUGUAGAUAAUGGCACAACAACAUCAACUUCAAACAGUGUCAGAUUCAGAUCACCAUUACACAGUCCAGUAGAUGUUCCCUCACCAAGGAGACCAUCCUUCCCAAAUACUGUGAUGGAUAUGAUCCCAGCAUCCAUUCAUCCUGUACGAGUAGAAAGUGAUGUUAGGAUGGAAGGAGAUGAGAGGUUAGCAUCACCAGUUACCACGCCAACUAUUCACAAACCAGUUUUUUCACCUGAAGAGCCCCCUAAGUCAUCAUUCUCUCGAAGGCAUCCGUCCCCAUCUCCUCCUCUAACCAGUGGUGAUGUAGAAAGUAGAUUGAAUGAAGGAGUGACAGGAGAAGUUAUGGAAAGCUCAGUGCAGAAUACCCCAUUUCAGACAUUCCAAGUAGAUUUCAUCAAAAACUUGAUAGAAGAGUCAUUGGACCAAUUCAGGGUUGCUAUCCAUAGAGAUGUUACCAAUCUACAAUUAGAAAUGCUCAGACAAUUCCAAAUACAACAGACUGAAAUACACGCAUUACUCCAACGCUAUUCUGUCAACGAGGGCCUCCUUUCAGAGAUUGAGACUUUGCGAGAGGAGAACAAGAGAUUAAAAAACAAAUACUGAUUUGACUACUGCAUGAUUGAUUAUGUAUACUCAUAUGGAAGGACAUCAAGAUGCUGGUACUGACCAAAGCUGAUUCACCAUGCUUAAUGUUGCUUGGUAUAAGAUGUGAUCCAUUGGACAUGACUGGACAAACAAUCAAUUUAUAUUACAUGCUUUUCAUUCCAGCCCACCAGCAUACGUAAUGUAUCAUGAUUGAUGUUUAUUUAUGUGGUGAAAAUCCUUGGAUCAAAGGGAUGAAAGAUGAAGAAAAAUGAUUAGGAAUGCAUCAUCAACCCUGCCAGACUUGACAUCCACCAGAUUGAACUUAAUUUCUUCAGUGUUUCCUGCUAAUGUCAACGAGGAACUAAAAUGAGAGAGAGAGAGAGAGAAGGCAGAUACAAAGAUAAGCUCAUAUUGUGACUUCCAUUUUAAUGACCAGCUGACAUUAUUUUAAAAUCAUAUGAAUGUUUUUACAACCUGUAUAAAAGUUAGUUAGUUAUUUAGGUGAUUUAACAUCUCAAGGGGUAUGGAUGCAUUUCUUUGGCUCCUUCCAUUUGGAAAUAUCUUCCAUCUUCUCUUUGUGGAAUUGACAAUAUAAAGCACUUACAAUCUCACUAAAAACUAAUUUUGUUGCCACACAUUUGAAUGCUAAUAGGAAUAUUUAACAAAUUGAUUUGUUGUUCAUCUAUUGAAAUGCUGUGAUUCAUCAUAAUCUUUUUAUAGAGACAUGUAUGUAGUUACACUGUUUUCAUUGGAUUGCUUAUCUCCUUCACUGAUUCACAACAGGUAUUAUGUCAUGAUAUGGGAGAGAGUGAGUAACCUAGCAUUCUCAAGUUAUAAGGACUUUUUGAUUGGCACACUGGUGAACUGUUACAUCAGAAUGUCAUGAUAGUAUGUUAAGUGCCCGGGGGGGGGGGGGCACUCAGUAUAUAAUGCAUAGUGGGUAUGUGCCGCGGAGGGGACCCCCAUUUUUACCCUCUAAUUUCCGUUCCCAGGCAUAGCAUUUUUGUCUUAUUGAGAAAAAGAACAAAUAAAGCCGCUCCAAAGCAUAGCAUUUUCUUAUCGAGAAACAACAUUGAUCCCCCCAUCACAUCUUUCACCAGCACAGUUGAGGCUAUGUGUAUCAUAGUGUUUCAAUCCAAUGACUUUGUAUGCCUUGAACAUGAAAUAGACUUAUUAUGAUGUAUGUACUAGUGAAUUUGCAAGUAGUAGCUUCUCUAUGAUUAUUAUGCCCAUGCCUAAUGUGCAAUGCAUGGACCAAAAUACUUUAUGACUAUUAACAUUAUAUCAUUUCAUAUGAUUUAUUAUUUUGUUUUGCUGUACAUUGUGUAUUUUCAUAUAACUUACAUUGGGUUGUUUGAGCUAGAUGAGAGAUCCUAUUUGUCAUAUACAAUUGGAAUCUAAACCUCUCAAAAAAAGUUUGGAAAUCUGUGUUUGGCCAUUAAUUUCUCCCAACUCCCAAUUUUACACAAUGCAUAGUUUACAUCAUUCAAAAGAUCAUUUAAUUCUCUUUAAAAUGAUACCAUGAUUGUUAUGAUCAUGCCAUUACGAAAAGAGCAGGAUUCAAAAGUGUUGGAUGAGGUCUGAAUUGAAAAGCUGCAAAACGAGCAGAAAUAGUCAUGAAGGGUCACUACAGAACAUGAUUCUUUUGUCUGUGUCAGUAGAGAUUCAAAUCCAUCCCCUGCUUCUGUAGUGAUGGUUCUGUGAGAUAACAUGGAUUGAGUCAUGGUUUGAAAUACCCAUGCAUGUUUGUUUGUUUGUUAUGUGUUUGCUUGUGCAGAGGUGUGUUUGAUUCCAUGUUAAUGUUGAUGUUAAGUUGCCUGAAAAUAAUCAAAAGAAACCGCUGAGAAACUCACUUAUCACCACUGAAAAAAGAACAGUGACUUUCAAUAUUGUGUCAUUUUGCAACUUUUGAAGUUUGACCUUGCCCCACAUUUCAAGGCACUGCACCUCCAUGUGAACCAUAAUCAUAUCACGUAGGGUAUCAUUUUAAAGAAAAUUAAAUGCUCUGUUCAUUUAUAUUAAUUACACAUUGAUAUUUACUAAAACCGAGGAGGGAUUAUCGAUCAAAGUCAGAUUUCCAAACUUUUUUGAGGAGUUGAGUUUAAAUGAUUGAAGAUGGUUUCAGUAGGGCUGUUGUGUUAAAUGAAUACAUAUUUUACAGGUCAGAAAUCGAUCAAUUACUGUUAGAAUCCAUGUGCCAUUUCAAAGGUGUUUAUCUAUAAUUUCAAUAUUGAACAUUAAGUCAGAUAUGUCUGUAUUUUGAGCAUUAUGUUGUAUAUUAUACUGCCACUCUAUUGAAAUAUCAGUACAUUAUACAACUGGCAUUUUCAUGAAAUUGAUGUGGUGUGAUCAUUUUCAUCAAAAUCAUCAUUUAUGUAUUUUAGCAUAUGAACAUCAUCUGUGGUAAGUUUGAAUGAAAGUUGCUAAGCUUCCCUUUUGGACAGAUAUUGAGUCUAUAAGAUGGUAUGUAUUGAAAGAAAAUUUUCAGAAAUCGAGCAUAUUUUUUCAUUCAGCUUUUAGUUGCUAUUGAAUCCAUUCUUGGCUUUAUGCCAUGAAUUGGACACUGCUGUAUAUAUCUGUAAAACUGAACAUAUUUUGUAUUUAUCUUUGUAUAUGAAUUUUAUCUUCUAUGCAUGUAUAGAAAAACAAAAGUAUUUUUUGCAAUAAUCAAACAAAAGUGGCUUAUUCUGAUUCAGGCAAGCACGUCAUAUGAAAUAUUUUGUACACCAUCCACUCUAAUUAGUAUACAAAUACUAUAAGUUAAGAUAAAAUAUUUUCCGUAAGUUUAAGGUUGAUAGUGGUUUUGAUGUAUAGGUAUUGCAGAUUCUAUAAGAAAUCAAACACAACUUGAUUUUUAUUCAAUAACAAGUGCAUAUAUAAACCUCCAUCACACAUGAUAUUCCAAAUCUUGCAGAAUCAGCCAGAUUGAAAGGACUGUUGUUCAAACACCAGCUGUUCACUUCUCUCAAUGUAUUCAAUAUGUUUUGAAUGCUGCUGGAAUGUUGAAAUAAUAUUUAGAGUGCAUUCAGAAAUCAGAAUACAGUAAGAAUGUACUAUGAACACUUUAAAAUAUUCUUUCCACCUCAAAUGCACCUCAGAAGCUUUGAACAUGACCAAACCAUUUGGGACGGUUACAAGAACUAGCUCAAAAAUUUCAAAUCAGAGUCCAGUUACAAGUUCAAAAUACCCCUUGAAUAUCUAAGAAUGAAGAAAAAAACUUUCAAUCUGACUCAAUUGUGGGUAAUGAGUCGCUUGGUCAAUUUCUGUAUUUGAAUUCCAGUUGGAUGAAUUCAAAAUCCCCUACAAAUUUUUCCUGUUGAUUCUGCUUGAUUCCUGCUGAUGGGGCUUGUAGGAUUUACUAAUGACUUUUAGAUUUGUAUUUAACCACAGCUCUUUCUGAAAUCGACCAGUCAUAUUUUCAGCCAUUUUCUUUAUACACAUGUUGAGUGAUUUGAAAGUCACUAUUUUGCUGAGGAAUCUUUAGUGCGCUUUUCAAAUGAUGUAUUUAAAAUGCAUCUAAGACAGCUCAGAAAAAGCAGUAUUUAUUUUUUUUCUGAAAACGUCCUGCUUAUCCCUGUUGAAAACUAUUUCUGGGCAAAAGAAGAUUGCCAUUCAUGUCAUAACUCUAAAAUAGAGCUAUAUAAGAGUCAUCCUAUAUUUUUUUUAUGCUGAGAUACAAGUUUUCAGCACCCCACCGAUGAUGUUCUGUUAGUGUCCAUACCCUUAUAAAAGGCAUUAAAUAUUUAUUGUAAAGCAUUUCUUGUCUUAAUUUUUGUGUGAUUUUUCUAUAUGACAUAAUUUGAUAAACAGUAUUACAACUGAUCCACAGUUGGAGAUUUAAAGAGUGACUUUGUUUCUGUAAUUUUGAGCAGGGCCAGAUUUGAUUGAUAACAGCAUGUUAGACUUCAUUAUCAUUUUUCAUUGGAUUUAUGACUUGUGUUGCAGUAAAUUAUUUUCCUACCCCUUGUAAAACAUGCUCAAGAACCAAUGUUUAGUUUUGUAUCUAGAUGAUACAUCAUAUUGUUACAUCAAUGUAUUUCUCAUUAGAUCAAUAUCUGACAUCAAUUGGUGACACGUUGAUGUGGCAAAAGUUUUCACACUAAACAACCUCUGAGUCUUUGUUUUAAAUUUUAUAAGACAUUAGAUUCUUUGAUUAAUGGACAUUUUGUAAUUCUAGUUUAAAAAAGGAGACAUAUGCAUAUGAGUGCUAUCAUAUUCAUAUCAAAUACUAUUUUCUGUGGAAAAAAGUAGAGAACAUGCAUAACAUGUAGUACAAUCAAUAGGCUUGGCAGUAAGAUAAGAGGAAUAAACUUUUGUUUGCAUCAAAUGAUAUGAAA